CUGUGACACUAUCAUUCAUGAGUCCACUUGCUCCUCCUGUCUAUCUCUCCGCCUCCUCGAACACUCUGGCCAGACUGACGUUUCUCUUGUUAUUGGUGGAAGUGACGCAUAUCGCUCAGAGUAAAUCAGACACAGAGAUGGGCACUGGUGAUUUAAAAGGAUGUCUGAGAAAGCUGGAAGCCUCUCUCCGUUCUGUAAAGUAUCCGAGAGAAGUGGACUAUCAAAGAUUGGCUGUGGGAGAUCCAUCAGCUUGUCUUCCUAUUGUGAGCUUUACCUUCACGUCCUUUUCCCCCUCAAUCGCAGAGCACCUGGUCGAUUAUGGUGUGGAAUUAACCGGAAUGAAUGAUUUACGAUUUAUUGAGAACGUUUACAAGGUCUUGAGGGAUGUUUUCAGCUAUAAGCCGUUGUUGACCAAACAGCAGUUUCUUCAGUUUGGCUUUGCUGAGAGGAAAGUCACCAUUCUCUGUGAUAUCAUUGGCCUUAUUCUCAACAAGCACAAAGAACUGACAAAAGAAAGCAAGCAUGACAGUAAGCCAAAGAGAAGGCCUCAGUUGAAGAGCUGCAUUAAAAAUGAGAUCCCUUCUCCUGAGAGUAAUUCACUGGUGUUAACAGCCCUGACAUUACCUCAGAAGCAGCCACUGGUAGAAAGGCAUCUUGGCAGCAGCUCAGCACCAGCUCAGAUCAGACGCUGCUCAGAUGAAGAGGAAACAGAAAAGACAGAGUUAGACAGUGAGGCUCUUGAGGAUUCAACUCAACCUAAAGAUUCCACUGAUUGUGUGUUAGAGAGCCGGCUGAGGGGUGUGGAGUUAAGUCUUCUGGAGAGUGUUGGUAGACUAGAGCAGCGAUUGGCCCUCAUGGAACACAGGAUACAUGCUCUGGAGAAAAGCUUGGGUGGCAAGAUUAUCAUCGAGAGCAACCAGUGGGAGAACUUGGAGAGUCGCGUGCUGCUGCUGGAGACCAGACUGGCACUGACCUCAGCACAGGGUCUAACUUCACAAGAUGGGGUCUUCAACUCAGGCAAGGUUGAAUUUAAAGAGAAUACAGUUAAAGUAUCUGCAAGUGGCUUUUCUACUGUGAUUCAACCACCAUCUGAAAUCAGUGAUAAUGGGCAUCUUCUAGCCAGUACUCCUCCAACAGCUAACCAGAAUUUUAAAGAAAGGCUGGACAGAAUAGUUUAUAUGAUGAAGGAUACAGCUAACAUUCUGCAAAAUAUAGAGCCGGCAAUGUGAAUUUGAUCUCAGUUCAAGUUUUUUUUUUUUUAAAUGUGUCAUUAUUUACUACCCUCACAUUGUUCCAAACCUGUGUGUUGUUUUUCAGUUUUCUGAGAAAUAAGUAAAUAAAAUUAAGUUUAUAAAAGUUAAAAAAAUUAUGUUUGCUUUGCUCUUACUAUACAGUAUACCCACAUAGUGAUCAGAAGUGGUCGAACUCCAAAAAGGGGGAAAUAAGUAUCAUAGUAACAGACCAUGUGACUUGUGUGCUUUAUUUUUUCCUGACUUUCUGUCAGACUUUGUGACCAACAGAACAAAAUUGUAAUUCAUUGGAAACCUUGCCCAACACUGUAGCUUUCAAAUCACAUAUGGCGCCUUCGCUUUACAUCUGUCAAUGACAUCAUCAGUUGGCUCAUGUGUUUUGUGAUCAAAUGUUGUGAGUUUCGCAUGUGGCAUCAUAUUGGUUUUUAAAAAUGUUCCUUUUUGUCCAUUUUGGAGCUUGAAAGCGAGCUGUGUGAAGUGUUACGCUGAAAAUACAACAAUAUACUAGACUGGAAGGAGUAAAGCAUGAGGAAAAUAUUUGUAUUAUUAUGUGUUGGUUGAAUAAUAUUUAAUCUUAUGCCAAUAUAGCGUUUUUUUUUUUUUUAACCUUAUGCCUUCCAAUUGAUUCUACAGUUGCAUUGACAUGCAAAGUAAGUGGCUUGUCCUCUAGAUGGCAUUGCUACCCAAGUAAAACAUAAUGGUGAAUUAGUCUAUGGCGCCCUCUGUGGUCAGUGUUUUGUAUUGCACUCUGUGAAAGCAACAUCAGCCCAUUACCACACAACAGUUGUGCAUUUACUUGAAUAUAGGGUAAAUUAAAGGUGUAAAAUGACU